GCAGCUUUCAAUGUGGGGAUAUAAGACUGUAUACCUUGUCAACUUAUAGACCCCGAUAAAUUGGACUCUUCGUCGAGCAUAUUGUAAGUCUCGAAGAAGGUAUCUCUUUCCUAAGAGGACACCACUUUCCAGGGUGAUUCUACUCCCAGAAGUCUCGAGAGCAGAUGAUUCAAUCGGAUCGCCAAAGCAGUCUCCACGCCGUUCGGGCCAGCUGCUUACUUCGAAUUGAGACCGUGGGGGCCAACAGGCCGAAAAGGUCUAGUGAAUGAUCCCGCCCCCAUCCGUAAGUAGUAGACAGACUGUCAAGUCCUUGCUCUCAAUUUUCUACUCUAUUUUCUAAGCUUACCAACACAUCUCGCCUCCCAACUUCACUCUAUUUCCUUUCCAUUUCCCGUCGCAAUGGCUGCCUUGACUCAGGAGAAGAAGCCUGAGGGCCUUGACCUCUACUCCCGCUUCGCUUUUGCUGGUGCCGUGUGCUGUUCCGUUACUCACGGCACUUUCACUCCAGUCGAUGUCGUCAAAACCAGGAUUCAACUCGACCCUACCACCUACAACCGCGGUAUGAUUGGCGGUUUCCGUCAAGUCAUCCAAAAUGAGGGCGCCAGUGCUCUCUUAACUGGCGCCGGCCCAACCUUUGCUGGUUACUUUAUGCAGGGAGCCUUUAAAUUCGGCGGCUAUGAGUUUUUCAAGCAGCAAUCGAUCAACAUCCUCGGUCUUGAAAGGGCCCGCCAGAACCGUACUGCCGUUUACUCUGUCUCCGCAGCCUCCGCUGAGUUCUUUGCCUCGAUUGCUCUCUGCCCUCUUGAGGCUACCCGUAUUCGUCUUGUCUCUGAGGCUGGCUUUGCCAACGGUCUGAUUGGUGGUUUCGGCAAGAUUCUCAAGAACGAGGGCAUUGGUGCUUUCUACCGUGGUUUCGGUCCUAUCCUCUUGAAGCAGGUUCCCUACACGGUAACUAAGUUUGUUGUUUACGAAAAGGUCGCCGAAGCUACUUUCGCUCGCCUUGAUAAGUCCAAGUUGUCGAGUGGUGCCCAGACCGGUGUCAACCUGGGGUCUGGUCUUAUUGCUGGUUUCGCUGCUGCUAUCGUCUCUCAACCCGCUGAUACAAUGCUGUCCAAGAUUAACAAGACAAAAGGUCUACCUGGUGAGAGCACCUUCUCCCGUCUGAUCAAGAUUGCUGGAGAGCUGGGUAUUCGCGGUUCCUUCGCUGGUCUUCCUACGCGUCUGUUCAUGAUCGGUGGUCUUACUGCCGGUCAAUUCGCCAUCUACGGUGAUAUCAAGAAGGCUCUUGGUGCCACCAAUGGUGUUGAGAUCGCCAAGUAAACAAAAGGAAAGUGCUUGAUACAGAGAUGGUCGUAACUAGAUCUACGCACCUACUCAAAGUUAAGUUGGAGACGGUCCCCUUUGUUCACUGCAAUUACCCUCUUUUGCCAAGAAGCGGUGCCCUGCAAACCAUAUUCCACUUUAGUACAUA